UAUUGCAUUCCGACGGCAAAUCAUACGCAGUAUUUAUAUGCGAGGUCGAUACAGCCGGAGUUAGAUCGUAAAAUGUCGCCAACGUACGUGCUUGCGCUUUUCAUGAUAUUUUCAACAGCAACAGGCGCGGAGCUAUGUCCAAAACCGGCAGAUGUUGCGUUUAUAAUCGAUAGCUCUUCGAGCAUCUGGUACAAGUAUUUCACGAUUCAGUUAGAGUUCGUCAAAAAACUUAUCAAAACCUUUAAAAUAAAUCCGACAGACACGCAAGUAGCCGCUCUCACGUUUAGCAAAAACGUUGUUAAACAGUUCAAUUUUAAAGACUUCAAUAACCUGGAGGACGUACUUGAAAAGGUAUCAACGAUCACACAGGACAACGGGAACGAGACUAAUACACACAAAGCACUCGAAAAGGCGCUGAGCGACCUCUUUGCUCCCGGAAACGGCGUGCGCGAAAAUGUCCCGCGAAUUUGUAUUUUGCUCACCGAUGGAGUCAGCACCUAUCAUACUGCAACACUGGCAGCAGCACAGGCUUUAAAAGAUGCCGGAAUAAAAAUCAUCACAGUGGGGAUCGGACACAAAAUAAAUAUUAAAGAGCUUGAGGCUAUAGCAAGCUCCCCAGCUAAGGAGAAUGUCUUUAAAGUAGAAAAGUUCGAAGAUCUGAAGACCAUGGGAUAUGAAGAACUUGUUGGCAAACAAGCAUGUCCGGAACCAAAGACAACGACAACAACUACAACAACACCGGAACCAACAACUACAACAACGACAACAACGGCAACAACGACUCAAAUGCAGCAAGAAAAGCCAGACAAAACAUGCCAAGGUAAGGAGGCAGACAUGGUGUUCAUCGUGGACAGUUCAUCCAGUAUCUGGAAUGUUGACUUCGAGACACAGAAAACCUUUAUUGGCGACGUCAUCAGCCACUUUGACGUUGAGAGUGGGAAAACUCGGGUCGCCUUAAUAGCGUUUAGCGACGAAGCAGCGGUUAAAAUACAUCUCAAUCAAUACAAUACAAGAAAGGAACUUAUCUCAGCGAUCGCUACAAUUACACAACCAGGUGGCAGCACCAACACUCACCUUGCACUUGAGUUGAUGCUGAGGGAAGUCUUCUCGACAAAGAAUGGCGCGAGGCCAGGGGCAGCUCAUAUUGCUGUGGUCAUUACGGACGGGGUAUCAUCCAGGCCAGACCAGACAAUGCAGCAGAUUGAGCUCACGCGUAAAAGCGGAGUCUAUGUGUUUACUGUUGGUGUUGGAAACAAGACUGACAAGAGCGAACUGGAAGCAAUGGCCUCCAAACCUGUGUCUGAUUUUUCAUUCGUGGUCGAUGGCUACGCCUCACUUCGGAAAUUUAGGGAAAUUUUAGCCUUCAAGACUUGCAAAGUUCCGGGUGAUCAGCCAACGUGCUCGUCUGACUUUAUGGGUGACUUAAUGUUUGGAAUCCACGGCAUUGGAGGCGACUCAAUGGACCACGUGAUUGAGUUCAUCAAACACGUGGGUGGCGCUUUCAAAAACUCAAAGAAUAUUCGUCUAGGCCUGAAAGAAAGUUGCAGAAAUGCAGAUUUGCCUCUAUCAGAUUAUUCUGCAGACAGUGACUUUGCGACGAAUGUCCAAGAGCAAAUGGUUGAAAGCGCGGCAGAUUUGCUGUCCGGAAUCAGAACAUCUUUCGGAAAUGUCCGCCCAGAUGUCAACAGGGUAUCGGUUCUGAUCCUGUCCGGAAAGAUCGAUGACAUGGAAAAGGCGUUCUUGGAAGCUAUGAGGCUUAAAUACAGCACUCGAGUCAUCGUGGUUGGUGUGGGCAAGUCAAUAGACAGGGAGCAGCUGAUGAGGUUAGCCAGCUAUGAAGACAAGGCAAAGCCUGAUAUAAGCCACGUGUUCCCAGUCGACUCUUCCGCUGAACUGUCUGACAUUGUGAAGAAACUUCACGUGCUGAUUUGCAGAGACAGUGAAUAACUCGUCGUAUUCUCAAUUCAUCGCCCUAUGAUACUUUGAAUAUGACAGAAAUUUAGUACAAAUUAUACGUUGUACUGCGUAUGAAUGCUUUUUACAAAGCAUGAGACUUUUAUCGUAUGUUAACAAUACUAUUGGUUUUCUUUUUAAUUCACCUAUUACGCGGUUAUUUAAUAAAAAAAUAUAUGAGUAAUAAACGUGUGUUGCUUU